UAUGUUCCCUUCAGCUUCGAAUUACCUCGCUCCCUUCGAGCAUUCUCCCUUCAUAUUACCCCUAAUGUUCCCUAUAGAUUAACUCCUAUUUUUCGAAAUAUCGCUCUAAAUCUAUUUUUAAAUACGAACUCUAAAUUGAAUUUCCAUCCUUCUCCCUUAAAUAGCUUUCUUGAAAUAACGUCAUAACGAGAAUUAGUGUUUAAAAUCAUUUUUAUAAACUAGAUUUAUGUUCUGUGAUCGUUCAAAAGGCAAACCUUAUUGCGCGUCAAAGGUAAAACUCGGUGGAAAUUGUAAAGGAUUCCCUCCAGGGACGGAUGUUUGUUGGAAUGGAACUUGUGUUAACGAUGUUUGCGUUUAUGUACCGACGACAACACCCUUACCCACAACAACACCCUUACUAACAACAACACCCUUACCCACAACAACACCUUUACCUACUUCCACAAUUAAAAUGCCAGUAGAAACAACCACUCUUGCUUUACCCACUAAUGUCAACAUGGAGUCUACAAAAACGGCUGAAUCUGAGACAAAAAAAGAACCAGACUUCUCACCAAUAACAACACCAAAAGCCUUGGAACCUCCCAACUCUCCAAUACGCAUUUCAAAAUCUCCAUCAUCAACAUCAAAUCCACUGCCAAUAACUGUCCCUGGGGAAAUGAAAAAAGAUCUUCCAAAUGUUGCUCCAAUUGACACUACACCCCUUCCAAAUACUACCAAAACCUCUAAAAUAACGGGUCCAAAUCCAAUCGAAAGAAAAUCGACUCCAACAACUAAAAAGGUGCAAAACACUACCCCUUGUAAUCCAUACAACUUGAGCCCGAGUGAAAAAAUAAAAGAAUAUUUACGACGCUUAUUUGGAAAAAAGCCAAAGAAUAAAUGCAAAAAUUAA